UACUGCGCAGACUCUGGCUCCAAAGGACGUUAGAGGCAAGAUGGCAGUUCCCGGAAAGGAGAUGUUUUGGCGUCACUUUUCAAAUAUGUAGACUCCUCUCUCACAUUUGCAUUGCGGUAGGAAGUGGAGACGCUUCGCCCGUAUUUAUAUACAGUUAAUGGUUUGAAUACAGAAGAACCAAAUGUGGAGGUUGAACAAAGUUCGCCAUAAAGUUGGUCGACAAGGCGGCAGCUUGGAGGAGAUCAGGUUAAAGAGGCGAGAGCACGAAAAAGCACUGAGACAGGCCCGCAGAGACAGACAGCUGGUGAGCAAGAGACUUCUGCUGAAUGAAGAUGAGGAGCAGCAAGAAGUCACCAUGGAUACUGACCCAGGAGAACAGGAUGUGGUCAGUUUGUUCCACAAACUUCAACACUGCGGGCCUGAGAAGGAGGCCCACCUGAAAGCCUUGAGUAAAUCUCUCCGUGACCCAUCAGCACAGCUCACCUUCAUCAAGCAGGAGAAUAGUAUGCAUCUGCUAGUUGGUCUCCUCACCGGUACUAAUGCUCAGUGCCGUCUGCAGGCUGUUCGGUGCCUUCACGAGCUGUCUCACUCUCCUCACCCCAACGUGACCCCAGCCUGUCUGCCUGCCACCCCCUACCUGCUUACCUAUCUGUCUGGACAGAGCACCAAGUUUACUGAGCUGUGUCUCUACACACUCGGUAACUUAUGCCCAGACAGUGAUGUUGUAAAAGAGAAACUUCUGGCCCAGGGAAUCAUACCCGCUCUGGCCACCUGUAUAGAGAACCAGAGACAUAAUCUAGCAGUGGUGGAAGCUGUGGGGUUCACCCUGUCUCAGCUGCUCCAGGCCAAAGAUGCAGCAGAGAAAAUAAUCCCGAUGGUCCUGGCCUCUAGCUUACCUUCACAUUUGUUAUCAGUCCUGACUCCUGACCCAAAGUUCUCCUUGGGGCCUGCCAUUGAGUGUGCGUGGUGUCUGCACUACCUCACAUGCAGCAACAUGGAUAACAGAGCGCUGUUGGCAUACGGGGCCCUCUUACAGUGCAGUUCCUUGUUAGUGUCACUAGGUGGUGCUGUGGCUAAAGGAGACAAAGAAGAAGGAAUGGAGUUGCUUGUCUGUCCUCUGCUGAGGUGUGUGGGAAAUCUCCUGUCCUCCUGCCCAGUUGAAGACCUGAGCGCUCAAGUGAGAGACGGUCGUCUCGUGGUUGCUUUGUGUGCACUUCUUCAGGCUUACUUCAAGACUCGACCAGCCUUGGCCAGAGAGAGCGCCUGGGUCCUCAACAACCUCACAGCUCACUCCGUUGCAUUCUGCUCUGCUCUGCUGAUUCUCAACUUGGUCCCUGGACUGAUCCAGCUUCUGCCUUUUUCUCAAGGCAUCAAUACGAUGAUCCUGAGGGUUCUGGCAAAUAUUGCCUAUAAGAAAAAGGAGUUCUGUGUCCAGCUGGCCCAGCUUGGAUUGCUGUCUGCACUCUGUGCCACACUUAAAAUGGCCGACCAAGAGAUGGUGACCCUGAGUCUUGAUGUUCUGUUCAUGCUGGUAGUUAGUAGUACACAGGUUGCAGAGGAGUUUGUCAGGCAAGGCGGGCUUUCACUGUUAGAAGCUAUUCAGUACAACAGUGAAGGAGAGAUGAGGCGAAGGGCAACAUACCUCCUAGAGCACCACCUACAGUCCCACUCAUCAUACUGCUCUGUGGAAAACAUCCCAUGUUCCUGAACUAACGGGAGAGCAUCAAAUUCAAAUCUAUGGGAGACAGUGUGUCAUUAAACACCAACAUCAUGAGGACACACCUGAGAAUAGAGUGGCCUACUACUGCUUCUAUACAUUCAUGCAAUCAGUGAAAAAUGCGGCCAGACAGAUACCGUUUUUUUAUAUUUAAAGUUGUUUUUAAGAACUUUAAAUGUCCAUCCAUCCAUUUGCUGCUGCUUAUCUGGGGCCGGGUUGUGGUGGUGGUGGUCGUCUUCCAGCUCCUGCUGCUUGAUCCCAAGGCGUUCCGACAGCAUGUUGUGGGGUCGACUCUGAGAUCUACCAAUUGGUUGUGCCUGGAAAACUUCCAAAUAUGAUCUGUUUUAAUAUGCACUGAUUAUCAGUGUUGUUACCAAUGGUAUUGUAAUAUCUGUAAAGAUGAAAUAUUUUUUUAAUGCCUGAGACUCAAUACUUCUAGUCAUGCACUCAUUCAUAAACUUUUGCAUUGUAUUGAAUCCAUAAUAGUAUUUAUAUCCAGAAUAGAUCUGAUGUUUUGUUUUGGUUUUUUCUGUUGCAUUUUGAGUCACUAUCAUUUGAGAGGCUGAAGACAGAUUGUUUUUGCACAUCGAGGUUUCUCAUCUGACAUCUUCUGUAUGUACAACUGCAGGUUUAUAUGAAAACUUACUGUAAAUAUCUACAAUAUUUACAGUAAAUAUGGGUGAUGCAAAAACACCCUUUCUUGGUUUUGUGAUGAUGACGGCUCUUAGAACUAUCAUGUGUUUUACUGCCAAUGGUCUAUGCCUUUAAUGCUUAUACAUUCAUUAUAAAUUAAUAAAUAUGAGAAUCACUACUGAACACUA